AUGGGAAACGCAAAUUCAAUCGCCCUAGAGAACCUCGUAGAUUCGACAAACUUUACAGCCGAAGAGAUCGAGCGGCUGUACAAACGGUUCUCUAAACUAGACAAGGACAAUUCUGGCACCAUUGACAAGUCAGAGUUUAUGUCCAUUCCGCAACUCGCCAACAACCCGCUGUCUGCGCGCCUAAUAGAUAUAUUCGACACGGAUGGCGGCGGCGACGUCGACUUUAUAGAGUUCAUCACGGGGUUGAGCACGUUUAGCAGCAAGGGGCAGAAGGAAGAGAAGCUGCGGUUUGCGUUCAAGAUAUAUGAUAUGGACCGCGACGGGUUUAUUUCCAAUGGGGAGCUGUUUAUGGUGCUGAAGAUGAUGGUCGGGAACAACUUGACGCUGGCGCAGCUGCAACAGAUUGUGGACAAGACUAUUAGGGAGGCUGACAAGGACGGAGAUGGCAGGAUUGACUUUGCCGAGUUCAAGGACUUUGUCGCGCGGACGGAUGUUGCCAACCAGUUGACCAUUGACACCGAAAAGAUUUAG